AUGAACUCAAUAACCAAAGCUGUGGUUACAAACAAGUUUUCGUCUGUCGGUAAGAGCUUGGGACUGGAUGACAAAGAUGAUACGCAGGAAGUAGAAGGCGCUUCGGCGAAAGAGCUCCGAAAAAUCGAGGAGGAGAACGCAGCAGCAAGAGCUAAGCGACAAAAGGAACAUGACAAACGAAACGCUGAGAGAGAGAAGAAGCGUGACGAAAUAAGGGCUAAGUACGGGCUAAAAGAGGGUCAAAACAAGAACCUUCGAACUGGCAAUAGAGGAAAGACGAUUGAACGAAGUGAUAGUGACAACGACACGAAUGUUAAAGGUGAAGGCGAGGAUAAACAAUGCCAUGUAAUGUAA